UCCGAAGCAACUCUGACCAACACUCGAUACCCGUCAACUCAGUACUCACGGCAGCCAUUUUAAUUUUUGGCGUCGAAAAUAUACGGCGAGGAAGGAAAUCUGCCGGAGAUCCUGUUCGUCUGUGUGGUUUUUUCGCAUCCAGCGCAAGCAGUGUGUAGUGCUCGAGUGAGUGUGAGGAAGAGAGGAAGCAGCAGAAGCCGUUGAGGAGCGAAUUCAGUCUUGUGUGAGGAUCCGAGAAAAAGAAAAGAAGCGGAGAUGUCGAUGUCUGCCACGUGCUACAAGUGCAACCGGCCGGGCCACUUUGCCCGGGACUGCAGUCUCGGCGGCGCACCUGGCGUCGGUGGAGGCGGCGGCGGCGGUGGUAUGCGCGGUGGCGAUGGCGGCGGCAUGCGUCGCAACCGGGAGAAGUGCUACAAAUGCAACCAGUUCGGGCACUUUGCACGUGCCUGCCCAGAGGAGGCCGAGCGGUGCUACCGCUGCAACGGCAUCGGGCACAUCUCGAAGGACUGCACCCAGGCGGACAAUCCGACCUGCUAUCGCUGCAACAAGACCGGCCACUGGGUGCGCAACUGCCCCGAGGCUGUCAAUGAGCGCGGGCCGGCCAACGUGUCGUGCUAUAAGUGCAACCGCACCGGACACAUCUCCAAGAACUGCCCGGAGACCUCCAAGACUUGCUAUGGCUGCGGUAAGAGCGGACACUUGAGGCGCGAGUGCGACGAGAAGGGCGGACGGAACUAGGCCACCAACACUAGGACUACCCCCCAAAAAUAUAUAAUCAUCGAAGGAGGAAUGCGAAAAUUUCAACACGAAGAAGAACAAGUUAACGAAGAUUAUGCUGAUGACGAUGAAAAAGAAGAAAGAUGAAAAAAAACAUGAAAAACGAAAAAUCAAUUUGCUACAACAUUCACAUAAGCCAGCCAACAGCAACAACAACAGCUAGGCAGAAGCCGAAGCAAAAGCAACAGCAGCAGCAGCACCCACGUCAAGAUCGAUCCAACACCCAUCCAGCCGAAAUCCAUACGCCUCAGCCAUCUUCAAGACAUGAAUCCCAUGAACUACAAAAUCAUUAACAAUCCCAAUCCCAGCCAGUACCAUCCCAUCUCUGAUUCCAAAAGCUGAGCCUGCAGCGCGGUGCCAACAACGUCCCAGAAGGAGAAUGAGAGGAAGACGAAACGACGACCCAAUUUGUAAGAUGAGACUAAGCCACAACAACACCAACACAGCAACAACAACAAGAGAAUUCACCAAGCAAACCACUUUAUUAUAAUUAUAUAUAUGAUUAUGCUGCAAAGUGUUUGAAUUUACUAAUUAAAAUUAUAACGAAUGGAAUGAAACUAUAUAAGAUUAUAUAAAACAAACAUAAAAACGAAUACCUUAAAUUACUAUAUAGAAGCGAAAACAUAAUUAUGAUCCUAUUGGGAGUUUCACAGAAAAAAAUAAAAUAAAAUACAAAAAAAAAAACAAU